AUGGCUUUACACCGCCGAGGUAUUUUGACUAAUCCAUCUGAGCUAUCUUGUGUGUUUUGUUUCCGGCAUAGGGAGGAUGGUGCACAUCUUUUCUUUUCCUGUUAUUUUAGCAUAGAGGUGUGGCGCAAUGUGCUUAAAUGGAUAGGUUUAUCGACACCAAUGGAUGUUGAAGGUAUUGAUCACUUUUUGUUAUUCGGCGAACUAUUCAAAGUGAAAGACAAAGGGCGUGUUCGUCACUUGGUGUGGUUGGCAACUACGUGGAAUCUAUGGAAGAUGCGUAAUAACGUUAUUUUCCAGGGCGUCAUUCCUGACUCUUCGGCGCUAUUGGACUCUAUUAAACUCUCUUCGUGGAUAUGGUUUAAUGGUAGAUAUGGUCGUAAUGUGUUUUGUCCUCUAUCUAAUUGGUGUUUGGAUCCAAUAUCUUGUAUUCAAAGUGCAUAA